AUGUCCACUGGCAGUGACAAAGGACCCACAUUGACCAACUACACACUGCAAGAUUUCAACCAACGUGGUUUCCUAGGCGAGGGCGGAUUUGCCAAGGUUCUCCUUGUUGAACACGCGGCAACCAAAAGAUCCUAUGCCCUGAAAAUCUUAAAAAAGGAGAGCAUCACCUCCUCAAGGGGCAUUGAAAGGAUCUUGCUAGAGAAACGGGUUGCUUUCGCCGUUGCUGACCACCCUUUCAUUGUGGAUAUCCACGCCACCUUCCAGUCAGAAUACCAUCUAUUCUUUCUGAUGGAGUACGUUGCUGGUGGCUGCUUAAAGAGCUACCUGCAGAGGGAAGGUGCAUUUGAACAACCAAGAGCUAUGUUCUAUGCUGCUUGCACGCUGAUGGCCAUUUCCUAUUUACAUGAAAAUGACAUCAUACACCGAGAUCUCAAGCCGGAAAACCUUCUCUUAGACAGCAGCGGAUACGUUAAACUGGCUGAUUUUGGGCUGAGCAAAGACGGUCAGGAUGAAAAGAAAGCUGAACAGUUACUGUAUGUGGCCCAGCAACUAGUGGCCAACUGGCUAAAAAGUUAG